GGGAGGCAGGAGGUGUCCGAGCCUCCAGAGCCGCGGGAGACCAGAGGCAGCUGUGUGACAGCUCGUCGGCCGCCAUGUCAGCCAGCGGGGCUGGAAACAGACCCGGCUCCUGGCGGUAGUCCUUGCGUUGCCUCGGAUGCCCAGGCAUGGAAGGACUUUGAUGAAACUUUAAACAGUUCCACAAAAGAUGCGCUAAUGGAUGACGGCGACAGUCCUGCAUCCAGUCUUCAGAUAGAACCGCAAGAUGGAUGUCAUCCGGGUGACAGCGUGGAAGGGAGAGUGACACCCUUGCCUUCUGUCGCAGAUGAAAAUGAGAAUCAGCUUGACGGGGACGGGCCUGCAGCUCUGACUGGCAGUGGCAGCACAAUGGGAAGAGCCACGGUGUUUGACCAGGACAGUCUCAACAAUAAUGAAAGCUGCCUGUCCGUCUGCGAGGUAGCCCCCCGUGAGACCGCAGAACACACUCUGUGUGAAGGGCCCAAAGAUGAUCAGUCUUCCUUAGGACAGGACAAAAAAACACCUGGGAAAAGAAGUCCAAGAGCCAAAAGAGGCACUCCUAAAAACAUACCUCCAGUAGGAGCUGCCGUACCUUUAAUGCAGACAGUGAAUGCAGAGCUGCAGGCUGUUGGUGAGGAGGCUGCCGGAGUGAACGCGAAUGAACCCCCAAAAGCUCCAGCGCCAGCGCUGCAGCCGCUCUUCUCGCUGAUCCGAGGCGAGGUGGAGCAGAUGGACUCCAGAGCACUGCCCCUCUUCCUCCACCAGGUAGCUGAGACCUAUUUCCAGGAAGAGGACUACGAGAAAGCAAUGAAAUUCAUUCAGCUUGAACGACUGUACCAUGAGCAGCUGCUCGCGAAUCUUUCUGCCAUUCAGGAACAGUGGGAAACAAAAUGGAGAGCGGUCCAGCCACAUACAGUGACGCCUCUGAGGAAUUCAGAAAAGGGAUUCAAUGGUGAAGAUUUUGAACAGCUUGCUAAAAUUUGUGCAACACAUCAAGACCCUCUCUUGUCCAAGCAUAAGAUCGCACCUGUGGAAAAGUCACUGGGAAGAAAAUGCCUUACCCGGCCGGCAGUGCCUGAAGAGCCAAAGGAAAGAGGAGCAACAACCAAAGGACCAGAAAUUGAAGCCAGUUCUGCCAUGGAACCUAGUGGAGGCCAGCAUGAAGAGCAGCCCCAGGAGGGCAGCCCCGGCUCUCAUCAAAUGGAUUGGCAGGCGGCUUCCCCGGACCUUCCAGUAACUGCAGGGAAGGACCACACGGAGGGGGAGGAGGAGCCGCUUCGCAGCAACAAUGCCUCCCUGGAGCUCCACACCCCGUCCCCAGAGACUGCCAGGAGCAGGUCAGGGCCAGAUGCUGCUGAGAAUGCCUCUGAGGAGGACGGCGGCUCGCAGGCACCUCCCACGGAGGACCACCCUGACGUGGCCGAAGACCCUAAGGUGUCUCCUCCUAGUGAGUCAGUGACAGAGUCGCAGCUCUUCGCUAGUGGUGACACUUUACCUCCUGUGUUGAUUUCAGAGAUUGAAUAUUCACAGGCACACCGAAAAGAGCUAUGCCUGCCAGUUCAGGGUGCCUUUGAAGCACUGCCCAGGGAGCAGCUGCAGAGCGGUGAGUUAGCUGAAUCCCGUCGCCCAGCCGUCGACGGGAAAUCACCACAGAGUCAGACUGACUUGGAGCCUGGCUCUGAGAAUGCACUUUGUGGCGACGGUGAAGCGUCUGACGUAAGUGCACCGCGUCCAGAAGUGUGUAUGGCCCCAGAAGAAGGGCGGGAUAAGGAAGACCAAGUCAGUAAGGAAACGGAAGACUAUCUGCACAGCCUCCUGGAAGGAUGCUUAAAAGACGCUGAAGAGUCCCUCUCCUAUGAAGAUACCCAGGACGACGACUCUGACCUUCUCCAAGACCUCUCUCCUGAAGAAGCCUCCUACAGUCUCCAGGAGAGCCUGCCUCCUGAUGAGAGCUCGCUCUCCCUUGAUGAUCUGGCCAAGAAAAUAGAGAUCGCAGAGGCUGUUCCUACGGAAGGGCUGGUGUCCAUACUGAAGAAGAGGAAUGACCCGGUAGGAGACCACCCCGCCCAAAUGCAGCAGAAGCCAGCUAAGCGGAGAGUGCGGUUCCAGGAAAUAGAUGAUAACCUGGAUCAAGAUGAAGUCGGCAGUGGCUCCUGCAUCCUGCUCAUCUUGCUGUGCAUAGCCACAGUCUUCCUCAGCGUGGGAGGGACCGCGCUCUACUGCACUCUGGGCAACAUGGAGUCACCUGUUUGUACAGACUUUGCCGACAACAUGGACUUCUAUUACACUAAGCUGCUGCAGGGGGUGGCAGGACUUAAACACUGGGUCUACCUCUCCUAGCAGCAGGUGGGACUGACAGGCGUGCUGACAGACAGACAAAGUGCAAACUUCCCCAACAGCUUUUAUUUCAGGAACCAUGAAACAUUCCCCCUCCCCUGCAGCGAGGACCCAAGGACGGACUUUAGAAACAGCCCAGAGAACUCUUUUAGAAUGGUCCACAGAAGAAGGCAAAUACAGUGUAGGCACUGAGAACAGUGGGAGGGAGCUGUGGAGCGCACGCCCCUCUCCUUGCUGCUUGCUUGUGUAGUGAAGCGCUCUGAGCAGGGUACUCCGAGCUCCCACUGAGGGCUAAAGACCACUCCCAGUUUACAGUCAUUGCUUCCUGCCAUCAUGCAAUAAGUUUCUUUGUAAUCAGAGAGUUUCCUUAUGGUUUCAAUGCCAUUUUUUAGUUAAUCCUGGGAGCUGUGUAAUUUAAGCUGUGGGCAUUACUCUAGAUCCUUUUCUCCAUUUGUGAAAUGCUUGUGUGGGUGUGUGUGUCUGAAGCAGUUAUUGCAAGUGGAAAUUCAGCACAGAGUACAAAGAUGACCUUUAUUCUUUUAACUCGACUACAAUGUGCAGGCACACAUCUUUGGAGAAGGCUUACCUGUGAACUAGAUAAACUGUAGACUGCUGGCCUUGAAUUAGAAACUGGUAGAUCUGUGGCAAUGAAUUUGACAGGCCUGAAGGCACCAUGACAGAACUCCCAAGUCUCAGGUGAGAUUUCGCUGUGGCUUCUAUGCUGCCGGAAGCAAUGAGUCCUGGUUCCACAGCUCAAGAGAGACUUCCUGAGCAUCUAUUACAUUUUGGAACCUAAAACUAGGAAUCCAAGUAAGGGGUAGUUUCUACUGUGUGGGUGUUCUUGGAAGGCAAACCCUUACUUUGUUGAGUGAAACAGGUCACCACGUGUGGCUGAGUGGCCGCAGGCCAUACGCUCGGGUAUGUGGAAUGUGCAUGUCUAUCAUGGACUCGUUUGGGACCCCAUCAUGUGGUCAUGAAGCGGAAAUUCAAUCAUACCUUCAAAAGACAACUUUAAAUGUCUACCUUCAAAAGACAACUUUAAAUGUCUAGUUUUGUUUAAAUCUGUCAUUAGGUGGCCUUUCCUUAUUUACGGUACAGUGAUGAAAUGUUUAGGAAGCCUUGCUUUGACUUUUGUAUAUUCUAGGCAACAUCUUUUUGUUAAAAAAAAAUCAUGAAUUAUAGUUUUUUAGCAAGUGAUCUUUAUGUUCUGUUUUCCUGUUAGAAUCAUUUGGAGGAAAAGAGAGACAUUGCUUUGUAGUUAUUACUGGCUGGCACAGUACCUUUCUUUGUGUUUCCACUUAUUUAUUUGGAACUUGUGAAUUUAAGGGCUUUUAUAUGAAUUGAGCGCGUGCGUGUUGUUGAGCAUGUAUGUGGUCAUCCCACCGCUACCUAUUUAAUUAGAUACUGAGUGUUUUGAUUUUCUAUUAUUUUAGCUCCGUGUGUUUUAGGCUUAUUUCUAAAUUGACAUUUUAUUUUCACUUAUAAUGCCAUGUGGCUUAUUUCUUCCGAUGUCACCGUAAACUGUAAUAUUUUCAAUGGUUAUAGAUCAGAGUUAUUUAUUUAGAAGUAUACAGAAUACUGAAAUUUAGAUUCCUUUAUACCGAAGGCUGAUUUUAUUAGAAGAUUAUUUUAAUGUCCUAUUAUAAAUUUUAAGACUUUGUAUUCACAUCAUCUGUAAACCAGGUCCCAUUGUCCCGGUACUGCCAUCGCGGUUCUGUGGAAGCCGCGAGGGAGGUGGUCUGUGCGGGCCUCGUCAUGAUGCACAAACAUGUUUAACCCUCAUGAUUUCUAGUUGCAGGGAUUUGGUGAUUCUUGUUUCUGCCAGUUUUACGUCAAGAGAAGUUAAAAAUCUCCUCCCAUGUACCUCUUUCAGGUCACUCAGAGUCUUGUGUGAUCUCUGGUGUUACACUUGGCUCUCAGCUACCUUGGUCACUUCUAAAACCCAAGGUUUCCUGGGAGCCAUCAUCGAGAGGCCUGACAUGACACCUCGCUGACCAGGGGCCCAGUUGUGUGUCAGAGGAGCCCGGGUGCUCACCACUUCAGGAACCGCAGAGUGAUCGCAAGUAGGCUGACCUCUUGACCUAAAGUGGGCAUGAAAUGUCAUGUAGAAGAACUAGGGCACCUUUUAAAGCGUAACAGUCAUUUACUGCAUGAAUCGGAGUCGCCCACCUGGAGAUGAGAGGAUACUUCCGUUGGACUGAAAUGUCAUGUCUCCUCUCCUUGGAAAGUACCAACAACUACCUAUAACUAGCCUUCCUAAGAACCGUGUUUGAGGGUGUGAAAACUAGUGUGUAAUUUAAAAGCUAUACCAACAAA